UAGGUAAGUCGGGGAACGAAAAAGGUGAAAAAUACAGUGAAUGAAAUCCGGCUAGUCGUGUGAAGAUAUAUAACUUCCAAUAAAAGCCCUAAACAGGCCUGAUUAACAACUUAAAUGAUUGAAUCUGUCCCAGUUUUGAACAGAUCUGUAAAACCCUACGCAAACCCCUCCCGAUGUUAAUGCGUCUAAAAAAGAUCAAAGCUUUUCCUCUGCUAGCAAUCAGGAGAAAAAACUUGCUUAAAUGGACAAUGAUAUUAUGAUACUUUUGUAAAUGCGAGGUGCUCACCUGGUCGAAGCACCAUGUCUGCACUAUCCAGAGGAGUCAUUGCACGGCUUCAACUUUUUUGGACGAUAUCACAACCUCAAUCAAAUCUAAAUUUUUGGCGCUCUGGACCGUUGUCGGAACCACUCAUAUUUAGAGCUUAUUUGGGUUCUCCCUCAACAUAUUCAACAUUAAGCACUCAUGGGCAAGAUGAAAUGGAAGGAAGAGGAAAGUUACUAGCAGAGGCACAAGUAAGGGCCAUGGGGGCGGAGUCGCGGAGAACAGGUGCCAUAGCUGUUAAAUGCGGAAUGACAGGUCUUUGGGAUAAAUGGGGGACUAGAAUUCCCAUCACCAUCCUCUGGGUUGACGAUAACAUCGUCACUCAAGUCAAGACACUCAAUAAGGAAGGUUACAAUGCCCUCCAGAUAGGGGCAGGGCAGAAGAAACCAAAGCAACUGACGCAGCCUAUGUUGGGCCAUUUCAGUUCACAAGGAGUGCCAUUGAAGAGAGAGUUGAAGGAGUUCCGUGUAUCUGAGGAUGCCCUUCUUCCCGUUGGUACUCCCAUUACUGCUCGCCAUUUUGUUCCGGGUCAGCAUGUUGAUGUCACUGGAAUCACAAAAGGCAAAGGUUUUCAGGGGGUAAUGAAAAGGUGGGGAUUUGCUGGGGGCCCAGCAUCUCAUGGUUCAUCAAAAUUCCACCGAAAACCCGGGUCAACUGGUGGCAGACAAGAUCCUGGAAAGGUUUUCAAAGGUAAGAAGAUGCCUGGGCAUAUGGGUCACGAGCAACGAACCGUAAAAAACAUAUAUAUCUAUAAAAUAGAUCCUGCAAGGAAUCUCCUGUGGGUUAAAGGGCAGGUACCUGGAAAUGAAGGAGCAUUUGUACUCAUAAAAGAUGCAGUUUACAAGAAACCAGAUGCAUCCUUGCUCCCUUUUCCAACACAUUUUGCCUCUCCAGAUGAGGACUUAUUAUCUUUAGAACCUAUUACAGCUGACCUUGGGAAUGCUGAUCCAUAUAUGAAGGAUUAACUAGAUCACACAUGAAGCAUUGGUUUUAGUUGAAACUUUUGUAAUAGGCACAAGAAGUGUUUUUGAAGAUUCUUAUGCUAAAUUGAGGAGUUCAACAUUGUCUGUCUGUAGAAACUCUUGUUUCUCCAAUGCUGAGUUUGUUUGUUUUGCAAAUUUGGUGUUUUGAAACAAAUUGUUUUUGUUUCUAGGGUUUUUAUGAAUAAUUGUUCCAGGCAGGAAAUUAAACAUGAAAAUAAUGCAAUGACUAGGAAAUAUUACGGCUGCAA